AUGUCGACCGCCAGCCUGUUCACGAUACGGCAAUUCCGCAGCUUUUCGCGGGGAUUGUCAACAUUAGCCUCUAAUCCUAGCAUUAAAGUCUUCCCCAAUCCGCAAGCCCGCAGCUCGUACCUCCUAUCCCUCCUCGACACGAACCCUCCUAAUCCCUCUGUUGCAAUUGGCACCACAACAGUCGUCCCGCCAACCCCAGGCUCCUUCCAAGGCAACCCGCGCUUCCUCUCGAUUCUCAACGAUGUGCUUGCAAAACACGCUGCCGAUGACCCGGACCUGAAGAGCCAGGCGCAAGCGUUCGCUUCUCCGGGAGGUUUUAGUUUCAUACAGGCUCGGAGUUCGCGGGGCACCGGGACCGGGGCCGGAGGUGCUAGUGCCGAGGGCGGCGCGGGAGGGGCUGGGGUAGGCGGAUGGGUGCAUCUGAGCGAUACGCGCAAUCCGCCAGAUUUUGGGAGGAUCGCCUGGCCGGAGGAUAUCCUCGGCAGCGUCGAGGUUGACGGCAAGGGCGAGAUCAUCGGCAACUUCCAGGCCAGCGGCACAUACCGGAUUGUGACAAAUCAGGGAAUUCUUGGGCUGAGCCCGUUCUUACGAGAGAAACUGAUCGCUCGGCUUCGCGAAGAGGAAAAGAGGUCAUGA